AUGCAUGGUCCGAAGCUCAUUUUGUAUCACCAAACACAUCACGCCCCGGGAACUGGCAAAGUGGCGUCUCUACUCCCGCUCAUCACCAAUCGCACCGGAGUAACUCACAUAAUCGUCGCGGCAAUCCACCUGAAUGACCGACCGGGAGACAUCACGCUGAACGACAAUCCACCUGAUCACGAGAAAUUCAACGUACUAUGGAGCGAGGUGGCUUGGCUUCAGGCCAGCGGUGUGAAGGUCCUCGGGAUGCUUGGUGGAGCCGCCAAAGGAACCUUUGCCCGUCUUGAUGGUGACGCCCAUUCUUUCGAAGCAUUUUACAGCCCUCUCCGCGAUGUCAUACGACGUCACAAACUAGAUGGGAUAGAUCUAGACGUAGAAGAGCCCAUGUCGCUUGCCGGAAUUACAAGACUCAUUGAUCGUUUGCGAGUGGACUUUGGCCCGAAUUUCCUCAUUACUCUGGCGCCCGUGGCGACUGCUCUCUUACCAGGCCAGCCACAUCUCUCCGACUUCGACUAUCGUCAACUAGAGCAACUUCGAGGGCAUGACAUCGCAUGGUACAAUACUCAAUUCUACUGCGGCUGGGGCGAUGCCAGCACGACGGCUUGGUACGAUGCCAUCAUCUCAUGCGGAUGGAAAGCGAACAAGGUCAUUAUGGGACUGGUCACCAACCCCGAACUGGGCGCAGGGCAUGUAUCAUUACCGCAGAUGCAAAUGGUUCUGCGACAUUUGCGAGCCAAGCAUCCUACUUUCGGGGGUGUGAUGGGAUGGGAGUACUUCAACGCUCUGCCCGGCGGACAACAGCAGCCUUGGGACUGGGCGGCGCAUAUGGCCCAGGCGGUCAGAACACCACUUCCCGUUGCCGCUCCACCGGCUCAACAGGCUCCGAUUCGGCCUUUUGGAGCGCCUCUACCUCCUCCGGCUCAUGCUUUCUCUUCGGAAAGUGUGGGCUUCCUGCUAGAACUCGGCUUCACUCAGCCGCAGGCUGUCGCAGCUUUGAACAUGACCAACGGCAACGUUGAUCAAGCAGCAGGCAUCUUACUCGGAGAGUGA